AUGGACGUUCCUAGCUCUUGGGAUGCUUUACGCAAACAGGCUAGAAAGAUUGAAGCUCAGCUUGAUGAGCAGAUGCAUUCAUAUCGCAGACUUGUUUCCACAAAGGCUUUGAUAAAGUCAGAUGGUGCUGAGAGUGAUCUUGAAGCUGGGAUUGACUUAUUGCUAAGGCAACUGCAACAAGUUAAUGCGCAGAUGCAAGCUUGGGUUUCUUCUGGUGGGUCUGAGAUGGUCUCUCAUACUUUAACUAGACAUCAGGAGAUUCUUCAGGAUCUCACACAGGAGUUUUAUCGACACCGAUCAAGUCUUAGAGCAAAACAAGAGCAUGCUUCACUUCUUGAGGACUUUAGAGAAUUUGAUCGGACUAGGUUAGACUUGGAAGAUGGGGAUGGCUCUACAGAACAAGCCUUGCUUAAAGAACAGGUGGGAAUCAACCGCAAUACAGCUCAGAUGGAUGGUGUCAUUUCACAAGCUCAGGCAACACUUGGUACACUCGUCUUUCAGCGUUCAACUUUUGGAGGCAUCAACUCUAAACUUAGCAACGUCACCAGCCGUCUACCCACGGUGAACACUAUUCUGUCAGCUAUAAAGAGGAAAAAGUCAAUGGAUACAAUCAUUCUUUCACUAGUUGCGGCUGUAUGCACAUUUCUCAUAUUCAUCUACUGGCUAACCAAGUAA